UCUGCAGGCGGUCAGACGUCUUGGACGUGCACCUUCACGAAGUACAUGGCCAGCCCGUGCUGACCAGUCCACUGAACCAACACACCGCCAGAUCCCUUUUUAGCAUGCCCGCGUCGAUCCGACCUGGACCUGCGGAAUUGAUGGAACACCGAAACACACACCAAGGCUUCCCCGGUUGGACAAUUACGCCUAUCUUAUGAGGUGAUUCCGCACUAUUCUCGUGACUUCUCACGACAUCACCACUAUUCCUUCUCCUCGCCCGUGGAUUUCCUAUCGGCCCUCCCCAUCCCAUUGGGCUCCUUCCCACCACCACGAGCCAUUCCAUCCAACAAUCACGCCAACUUCCCCUGUCUCCCAUAAUUUGCGAUCCGCGACCUCGAACAAACCUUGUCGAAGAUGUCAGAGUCUGGAUCCUCGUCGGUCUCCAGUGAAGCCUCGGCGGGCGAGCCGGCCGGAGACCCAGGAAGCUCGCUGCCUCAGCUGGAGGCCCUCAUAUCCCACCUGGUAGCUGCGAAACGGUCUUUGUCAUCCAUCAAUCACGUGUGGCGUGCCAAUGAGAUCGUCACGUCCGCCCGCUCCGCGCUGGAGGAAAGCGUCGUCGUGUCCGCACGCACGGGCUUUUUGCGACGAGGACUCAAUAAUCAGCUACGGCUCCUCUAUAAUGUCAGAUCGGAGGUGGAGGAGGUCUCCCUCCGAGGUCGCUCGGAGUUCGCGGGUGUGCUCAAAGGCCUCGACACGGCCGACGCCCGUCUCCGGAAAACACUGGACUUGCUGCGCGAGACCAUUGUACAUGCUUCCUUCCGUCCGGACGGGGAAGAGCCCCGGAGCUUACACGAUUUUGUCGAUGAGCGCGGGGUCGAGGAACUUCAUACCGCUUUGAAAAGCUCGAUUGAUCGCACCAAUGGCGCACAGGCGGAGCUGGACUCCUCCAAUUAUGCCUUCGACGACGAGCUCCAGUCCAUCAAGCAAGCCUUAGGCAGCUACCGGGAAGCCACCAAGCUUGCCUCCUCUCGGACCUCUACCUCCUCAUCCUCCUCCGCAUCUAACUCCAGCCUGCCUUCCCUGUCAUCGAUGCCAUCCAUGCUCCAUGCCUUGGAGAUGCACGCACAGGAGAUGGCCAAUCUGCUGGAGUCGUUGGUCCGCCACUUUGACCUGUGUGUCACGGCUGUUAAGCACACUGAGGGCGGUGGUGCCGCGGCACAAUCCAUUACGGGUGACAUGCCGGCUGCGGUAGCGGUCAGUGGUCGUGGCGUACCCAACAUCGAAGAAGGCAUCAAUGCCAAUCUGAAUGCUCCGCUAGACCCUCUGAGCGAAUCGGACUACCAGGAAAUGGUCAAUGUGCUGAUCAAGGAUGCAGCAGAAGCAGAAGAUGUGGUCAUGGAGAUCCAGGAUCGUAUUGGCGAGAUGGAGUCAGUCCUGGAGAACGUCCUCUCCCAGCGGGACAUGCUUCUAUCUGUCCACAAUGCCACAACUGGUGUAUUCAAACACCUUUCAUCUCUUGCCACGGCGCGCUUACCAAGUUACAUUGCCCAGGCACACAACUUCACCCGCGUAUGGAACGAAGAACAUGACCGUAUCAACGCCGGGUUAGCGGAUCUGUCCGAUCUCAACUCACUGUACGACGGGUUCUUGGAGGCCUACGACGGCCUAAUUCUGGAGGUGGCCCGUCGCCGGCACGUCCGACAGCGCGUGGAGAAGGUACUCCGCGACACUAAACACAAACUGGACCAGCUGUAUGAAGAAGAUGUCAACGCGCGCGAGACCUUCCGAGUCGAGCAAGGGGACUAUCUACCGUCAGACAUCUGGCCGGGCAUUGGCCGCGAGCCCAUGCGUAUAGAAUUCCGGCGUAUAUCCGGCGGUACUCUCAAGGGUGCCGCUCAAGGCCAAGCGGAAGACGUACCGACUGCUGAACCAGAGCCUCAAGCUCCGGACCACGUCGAUGAAGGCGAGGUCAUACCCGAAUUGCACAAAUCGCUCGUCCAGCAGGCUCUGAACCGCCUUAAGGCGAGGAGCAGAGAGGCCACCCAAGAUGUCACCGGCGAGGCUACGUAGUUUUUUUUGUUGCAUACAGUUUAUAGUUUCUCUUACACCUCUUGGCUCCAUCCA